AUUUAGUUGAUCCUCGUCAUCGUGAAACCGCUUUCUUCCGUUGCCGUCACUGCUCCACCGUCACACACUCCUUUCACCCUCCAUCAAGGUUAGAGUUCCUAAUCCUAAUUCGAGCUAAAUUAAGUAUUGCAGAAAAGAGAAAUCGCCUUAUCACUUGACAACCAAACAAAUAUUUCUUCUCCCCAACUCGCCUUCGAAUCCUUCAAAAUGACCGGAAAGAGUAAGAUUCUCAUAAUCGGCGGCACUGGAUACAUCGGAAAAUUCAUCGUCCAUGCCGCCGUCGCCGCUGCUCACCCUACUUUCGUCUUAAUCAGAGACUCCACUCUUUCUAAGCCCCAAAAAUCUGAACUAAUCCAAAGCUUCACAGAUUCCGGCGUCAAUUUCAUACACGGAGAUAUGUAUGAACACGAGAGCUUAGUGAGAGCAAUUAAACAAGUUGAUGUGGUGAUAUCAGCCGUUGGAUACGCUCAGUUGAAUGAUCAGGAUCGGAUUCUAGCUGCUAUUAAAGAGGCUGGUAAUGUUAAGAGAUUCUUUCCAUCGGAAUUUGGAAAUGAUGUUGACCGCGUUCAUUCUGUUGAGCCGGCAACAUCAGUGUUCCAACACAAAGCUCAGUUCCGUCGUGUUGUGGAGGCAGCAGGGGUUCCUUAUACUUACGUCUCGUGCAACUUCUUCGCUGGUGUGUUUAUUAGAACACUGGGUCAGUUGGAUGCCACAAAUCCUCCAAGAGACAAAGUUGUUAUCUUAGGAGAUGGGAACAUGAAAGCUGUAUAUAAUAAGGAAGAAGACAUAGCCACUUACACCAUCAAAGCUGUGGAUGAUCCAAGAACAUCAAAUAAGAUCCUCUACGUCAGACCAGUUGCCAAUACUAUUUCCAUGAAUGACAUAACGACGUUGUGGGAGAACAAGAUAGGCAAAAAACUCAAACGGGUGUAUGUUCCGGAGGAGCAAGUUCUUAAAGACAUCCAAGAAGCCUCAUCCCCUUUAAAUGUGAGACUAGGCAUAAUGCACUCUGUUUAUGUAAAGGGAGAUCAGACCAACUUUGAUAUUGAGCCGUCGUUUGGAGUUGAGGCAUCGGAGCUAUAUCCAGAUGUUAAGUAUACCACAGUCAAUGAGAUGCUUGACCAAUAUGUUUGAAUUAUAACUUGCAAAGCGUUUGUUUUUGUGUGAGACAGACUUAAGAGUUGUGAAUUCAGUUGAGUAAAUUCAAGUGUGAUUGUGUGGAUAUUGAGAUUAGAUAUCAAAUUAUCAAGUCUCCUUGUUACUUGAGCAA